AUGUCCCGUCCAACUGAGCCUUGUUCGCAGGCUGAGGCUCGGGACGACGAUGGAGCCGCUCUUAGUGGAAGUCCGCCUUUGACUCAUCGCCUGAGCGAGAGUGCGCGUUGGGAGACUCCUGGGGAAGAAGGAGCAGCAGCAGAGGCACGGAGCGGAGGUAUCAUCGAGGCUACAGGGGACGGGAAGCAGCGAGAAGAGGAGUCUGUUGUCUCGGACUUGAUGGAUGCACCCGAGGUUGUGUCCGUGUCAGAGGCAGCAGAGAAAUCAAUUAACGGAGAAAACGGAGAGAACGGAGAGCAAGCAGCGACAUCAGAAACCGUCGGAGCAGAGUGUGAUAGAGACGUUUCCGGAACAGCAGAAACUCAGUCCUUGCACUCCGAUUCGGAGCUCGCGUUUAAGAAGAUGUCUCUUGAUCCCAACGCCGCUGAAUUCACCCCGUCCUUCGCGCCUUCCCCAUCAGCAGUCGCUGCGACACCUUAUUUACCUGACUACACCCCUCUCAGCUCCACUGCCGCUGCGGAUGUCUCUGCGGUCACCGCUGGUGCCGCCGCUUCAUCCGCUUCGUUUGUGGUUCCUCCUCUCAUUCGUUCCCUCGUUACCGGCAGCUCGAUUCCUGGCUUGAAUCUUAGCCGUCCAUUGCCGGCAAUUUCCCAGGUGGUUCCUAUAGGCCCUCGGAGGUCCUCCCCCGUGCCUCCACGUGGCAACAGUUGUUUGGUGCCUCCUCCUCCUCCCACGCCCCCCACACCCUUGGCUACAGCAGACGACAGAGAGUCCCGGGCGAUCAUGCUCUCUCUGUUGCCGCCACCUGAACAACUACCUGACGCCGUUCUGGCGCAAGAGAUAGAGAGAACGUGGGGUCCUUUGAGGUUCCUCGACUUGUCCCGCCGCUGGGAUGGCGUGGCUACGGCACAUUUUUACGACCUGCGCCAUGCCAAGGCAGCUCUGAGGGACGUGCAGCAGCAGCACUGGCUGCAGCAGCAGCGCACACACCACCGCAUCCUGCUCCGCCUGCGCCAGAUCCACACCAGGGAACCCCCUGAGAAGAUCAUCCAGGACCCCUACCGGCCCCUGCCGAACGAGCCUGUGCCGCUGAAAGGGCUGGGGUUGGUUGCUGGGUGGGUGGUGUGGGCUCAAGCGGUGGAUCCUGAUGGGGAGGGCGGGGCGUGGGCGGGAGAGGGGAAGGGUGCCGGGCUUGGGAGGGGGUUUGGAGGAGGUGGGGCGGAUGGUGGAGGCGGUGAAGGGAGGUUCGGUGCGGUGCAGAGGCGUCACCAGCAACAGAAGUCGCAGGGGCCUCAGCAGCACCACCAGCAGCAGCAGCAGCAGCAGCAGUUAAGGCAGCAGCUUCAGCGCAGGCAAGGAGGACUAUGGCAGGGGGCGAAUGAGCAGCAGGGAGGGGCGUGGGACGGUGGUAACGGGUGCGUGGUGGUGCGGAACGUUGAGCCCUCUGUGUCUAUGGACUCACUGCGUGCCCUCUUUGCAACAUGCGGAGACGUUAAGGAGGUCAGAGCAGUUCUUUCCAAGAAGCUUCAUCGCCUUGUGGAGUUUUUUGACAUCCGGGCAGCAGCUCAUGCGGUGCAGAAGCUGACCGGAACAGAGCUGGCGGGCAGGCGGAUAAAGAUCGAGUUUGCACGCCAAGGAGUCAUGACAGAUGCAGUUGGAACGGCAGGAGGAUCGAGAGCUGUAGGAGCAGUGGGAUCAAGAGACAUACCAGGCUCGCACCGGCAUGAUUCAGCCGCGCCCCAGCAUGAGUCACAGCCUCCGGAAGGGGCCAUCCCUGCUACUGAAUCCAGUUUCACUGCUGCUGCUCGUGCUGCUUCCGAAUGCGGUGGUUCUCCAGAAGCUCCCCGGUGUGACAGCCCUGACUUGAGUAGCCCAGGGGUGGAGAGCAGGGGUGGCAGGGGGGAGAUGGGUGCAGAUGGGUUGCUGCCAUCAGGAUCCACGCCUGGUCCAGACGGCACCAGGGGGGAAUCAGCAAGAGAGACGGAUGGAGUAGCCCCCGUAGAGGAGCAGGUUACAGGCGACUGUGCGAAGGUGUUAAAGGAAGGAGAGAAUGUAUUGAGGGAAGGUGAGAAGGUAUUAAAGGAAGCAGAGAAGGUAUUAAAGGAAAUGCUAGGGGGUAGAGCCGUGGAAGUUUCUGAUGAAGCUUCUGGAGGAUGUUUUGAAGCCGAGUUAGCAGCAGGUGCUGAUGUGGAAGGGGGAGAGGAGGAGGGAAAGGGGGUAGAGGAGGAAAGAAAAGCGGCAGAGAAUGCAGUGGUGAAGGAGGGCUGUUCAGCAGGACAGCGAGAGGGAGAGAAUGGAGGGGAGAGUGGAGGGGAGAGCGCCAGGUCAAGAGGUGGCGGGCAUUCUGAUGAGUCAGCAUCGCUGACCCAAGAAGAGCUGGCCCCUCUCUCAUCUCCUGGCGAAGAAUGCACGUCAGGGGACGGCAACCCAGACAACACUACUCCAGCUACUAGUGCACCCAUCGCUACUGCCAGUGCACCCAUCACUACCGCACCCGACACCAGUGCACCCAUCACCAGUGCACCCAUCACCACCGCACCCAUCACUACCGCACUUAACACCAGCACGCCCAUGAGCAGCGCCACAGCGAGCGCCCAGAGCUCGCCAGACACGUGGAGCCACGGCCCUCCCCAGUAUGCCUACCACUUUGCCCCAGGCAUGCCGUAUCUCCCACCUGCUGGGGCUGCAUCCUCUGCUUAUCUCCCCUACCCUCCUCCACUUCCACUGCCCUUCCCUUCUGACCAUGCCGCGCAUUCUCCCCUUGUACCUCUUCUGCCGCCUCCUCCUCCUCCUCCUCCCCCUCCUUCGUCUGCUCCCAGUCAUCUUUCCCUGGCUGCAAUAUCUGCUGGGGGGGCGUCUCCUGCUGUUUCAUUCCCCACGUCUCUCUCCUCCUCUCCCCGAUUCCCUGCCACCCCCACUGCAAGUGCCUCCCAUGCUUCUGCCGCUGCAGCUGCUGCUGCCCCUGCGUUUGCCAACCCUGCUGGCCCGCCUACCCCCACUGCCUCUACUGGGUUUGCUAUGUACGGCCAUGCUACACCAACACCCAUGGGCUUCGCGUUUGUGGAGGAGGCAGCAGCAGCGGCGGCCAGGAGCGAGGCCGCCCAGUUGGCUGCCACGUCAGCAGCAGGCAGGUGGCACCAGUAUGGAAGGACACGUGGCACUCGUCUAACCGCCGCAGCUGCAGAGGAGGGGGAUAGCUCAGGCGUGGAGAAGGUGGGCAGGAGGGCAGAGGCGCCUCGCCCUCUGGCAUGCUUGACAGAUCUCGUCCAGACUGGGUUGACUGGGUUGACUGGGUUGACUGACUCCACAGGUUUGACUGCCUCACGGGAUUAUGGGGGUGUUGUUGGGGGCUCAGGGAGGGUGGUGGUGCCGCAUGUGAGUGUCACGCGUGCAGAGUGCAGUGGUGUGGCGAUGGGGAAAGGGGAGAAGGCAAUAGGAGAAGAGGAAGAUACAACGGAAAAGGAAGAAGAGGUGAAGGGAGGAGGUGCAAAUGACGCCGGAGAGGAGGGUGCUCAGGUGGGGGUUCAGGUGGGAAGUCAGGUGGGCGAGGGGGCAGCGAGGGGGCGGCGGGACGGCACGAGGACGACGGUGAUGGUGCGCAACAUUCCCAACCGCUACAACCAGGCCAUGCUGCUCGCGCUGCUGGACGCCCACUGCCUGCACUGCAACUCCCAGCCCGCCUGUCGGCCCUGGGGUGGAGGGCACGCGGUGGGAGGAGGUGGAGCACGAGGCAGGAGUGGUGCUCGUGUUGAUGGCUGUGGUGCAGGUGGUGAUGAUGGUGGUGAUGGUGGUGAAUCUGCUGCUGCUGCUGCUGGUUGUACCGAUGGAGAUGGGAGCAAUGGCAGUGAUGCGGGCAGUGACAGUGGCAGCAGUGGUGGCAGUGGGGGGAGUGGGGAGGAGGAGGAGCAAUGGGAGCCGCUCUCUGCUUAUGACUUUGUGUACCUUCCCAUUGACUUUAAGAACCGGUGCAACCUGGGGUACGCGUUUGUGAAUCUGACAACGGUGACGGCGGCGCUGCGGCUGUUCCGUGCCUUCCACCUGCAGCCGUGGGAGGCCUUCAACUCGCGCAAGGUCUGCCGCAUCUCCUACGCGCGCGUGCAGGGUUGCGCGGCGCUGGAAGAACAUUUCCGCAACUCGCGCUUUGCGUGCGACACGGAGGAGUUUCUCCCGCUCGUCUUCUCCCCGCCUCGCAACGGCAUCUCCUGCCCUCCCCCGGUGCUUGCCGCCGGUCACAUGGCAGGCCAGCAGGUAACCCUCACCAGUGGUAACCACCACCUCGCGCUCACCUCUGACCCUAGGUCCCCCAGGCGCGACGUUUUGAACCCGGGGCUUUUGCCAGGCAUGGGGUUGAUGCGUUCAACGGCGCCAAGCUCGGUUGUAUCAUCCAGGGACCAGGAAUAG